CACGGUGGGCGCGCCGGGGCUGCCGCAGAGGCUCCUGGGAGUUGUAGUUCGGUCUGUUCUUGGUCUCCCUGACGCAUUUCCUGUGCGUCCCUGUCAGCAGCCGUUGGCUCCGCCCAGGCCCGAGAGCCGCGCUCCGCAUUCCGUGCAGGCUGCCUUCACCGGUCGCCAGUCAUCGCGGUCACCCGAACUGCAGUGGGCUGUCCUCGUCGCCCCGAGGGGUGUCACGGAAGCGCCCAGGACGGGCUUCUGAAAGUCAGAGCAAGGACGAAGUCGAUCUGGCCGCAGGUCCGUAGGUGGACGCGGCCAGUCUUCCCCAGUUCCCCGCCGCCCAUUCAGGGAUCCGAGGAGCCGAUGCUCCAAACCCGUCGUUUCCAGGCAGCGGACGGUACGGACUAGUCCUGGCCUCCCUGCAGCCCGCCCGCGGGCGCGGCUGGGGCGGAAGCGGGGAGCCCAGCGGCUGCCGCUGUCGGCCUCCUCACGCGGGCGGGGCACGGACGGCGCGGGGAUGGCCACCAGGGUCCGCACAGCUGCCACCUGGGUGAGUCGGGUUCCGUCUCCUUUGUGUAAAGCUGCCCCCGAAGCUGACGUGUGUACUUGCCAGCUCCUCCAGGGCGAUGGAAAUGUCGUCCCCUGCUGACGUGAUUGUUGCAAAACCAUCAAAUUACUGAAGGUCACUGAAGUUAAAAAUUACUCUCUUCAUGGAAACUUCAUUGAGUCUACAGGUCCCACCCCUUCAGGAACGAGACAGUUCAGGCAGUAGGAUCAGAGAGCUCCGAGGUCAGGAACCCAUUGUGGGUCAGAGGACGCCUUCCCCAGGAGGACCCCAGCGGAGGCAGAAGAGUCGGUGGACAGAGCAGGUCCCACACUGGCUGUUUACUUCCCAGGAACAGCUGCAAACCACCAAGUCCCAGGAGUCACUGUCAUUCACGGAUGUGUUUGUGCACUUUACCUGGGAAGAAUGGCAGCUGCUGGACCCAGCUCAGAGACACCUGCACAGGAGCGUGAUGCUGGAGAACUACAGCAACCUGGCAUUCCUGGGGUACCAGCACACCAAGCCUGAUAUCAUCUUCCGGUUGGAACACGGAGAGCUGUGGAUGAUGCAGGCCCAAGUUGCCAGUCCAGGCCAUUCAGAUAAAGCCUGUGAAAUUGGUGAUCAUGUGGAAUGUUAUCAGGAAAAUCAAGACAAGAUGGGAAGUGUGUCAGAUUGCUGUGAGUGUCCUGCAUUUGGAGCACUAUGUCUUCUUGCUACAGCUUGUAUUCCUGCAAGACAAAAGCUUUAUAAAUGUGGCACAUGUGGAAAGAGUUUGAAAUAUAAUACAGACUUCAAUAGUAAUAAUGUUGGAAAGAACCCUAAUGGGUUUUAUGCACAAAGGGAAUCAUUCCUCCAUUGUAAACAUGAACGAACUCUUUUUGGAGUAAAAUACUGUGAAAGUAAUGGAUCUGGGAAAACUGUCAGGAAGCCACAACCCAUGCGCCGACAAAUCCGUAUGGGAGGAAAGCCCUUCAGAUGCAGUUACGGUGGGAAUGUCUUCAGCAACAAGUCAUGCCUUGUAGUGCAUCAGCGAACUUAUGCAGAGAUGGAGACCUGCAAGUGUGAUGGAUGUGCCAGAGACAUCAGCCCCAAGUGUCACUUCAGUGAACACCAGGGAAGUCACACAGGAGAGAGAGUAUAUGAAUGCAGUGAAUGUGGGAAAGUCUUCAGUAGGAAAGACCAGCUUGUUUCAUUCCAGAGAACUCAUUCAGGACAGAAACCCUGCAGGUGCAAUGAAUGUGGGAAAGCCUUCACGAGUCAGUCAUACCUUGUUGUACACAUGAGGACUCACACAGGCAAGAAACCUCAUGAAUGCCAUGAAUGUGGGAAAUCCUUCAGUUUCAAUUCACACCUCAUUGUGCACCAGAGGAUUCACACAGGGGAAAGUCCUUAUGAAUGCAGUGAGUGUGGGAGAGCCUUCAGUCGUAAAUAUCAGCUUAUUUCACACCAGAGAACUCAUGCAGGGGAGAAACCCUAUGGUUGCAGUGAGUGUCAGAAAACUUUUGGUUUGAAGUCACAGCUCAUUAUACAUCAAAGAACUCAUACGGGAGAGAAACCCUAUGAAUGCAAUGAAUGUCAGAAAGCCUUUAGUACAAAGUCAAACCUUCUGGUACAUCAGAGAACCCAUACAGGGGAGAAACCUUAUAGUUGCAGUGAGUGUGGGAAAGUCUUUACUUUCAAGUCACAGCUCAUCAUACAUCAGGGAUCACACACUGGGGUGAAACCCUAUGGAUGCAAGCAGUGUGAAAAAGCCUUUAGUUUGAAGUCACAGCUCAUUGUCCACCAGAGAAGCCACACAGCUGUGAAACCCUACGGGUGCAGUGAGUGUGGGAAAGCCUUCACGAGUAAGUCAUACCUCGUUAUACACAUGAGGACUCACACAGGCAAGAAACCACAUGAAUGCCAUGAAUGUGGGAAAUCCUUCAGUUUCAAUUCACACCUCAUUGUGCACCAGAGGAUUCACACAGGGGAAAGUCCUUAUGAAUGCAGUGAGUGUGGGAGAGCUUUUAAUAGGAAAGAUCAUCUCACUUCACACCAGAGAACUCACGCAGGGGAGAAGCCAUAUAGGUGCAGCGAGUGUGGGAAAGCCUUUAGUAGCAAGUCCUACCUCAUUGUACACAUGAGAUCUCAUUCAGGAGAUAAGCCACAUAAAUGUAACAAAUGUGGGAAAGCUUUUAUUUGGAAAUCACUACUCAUUGUGCACGAACGAACUCAUGCAGGGGAAAACCCUUACAAAUGCAGUCAAUGUGAGAAAUCCUUCUGUGGAAAACCACGGCUUAUUGUGCAUCAGAGAACACAUGCAAGAGAGAAACCCUAUGGAUGCAGCGAGUGUGACAAGGCCUUCGUUAGGAAAUCUCAGCUCAUUGUACAUCACAGAACUCAUUCAGGCGAGAAACCCUAUGGAUGUAAAGAAUGUGGAAAAGCUUUCUCGCAGAAGUCCGUUCUCAGCGCACAUCAGAGGACUCACACAGGAGAGAAACCCUGGCAGUGCACUGGGUGUGGGAAAGCUUUUUGUUGGAAGUCACAGCUCCUUAUGCAUCAAAGAACUCAUGCAGAUGAGAAACCUAUUGACAAGUUAAGUGUAAGAAACUUUCUCUCAAAAGUCAAUUCGCAGGAAAUAACCAGCAAAUCCAUAUAGAAGAGAAACUCUAUACAUGAAGUCAUUUUUUACACCAGGAAUCUUAUACUGAAUAAAAGCCUUGUGAAUGUACAGCAUGUGGAAGGGUGGCCACAGAACACUUUUUAUUUAUUUUAGAAGAAAAGGAGAGAGAAACAUUUGUUGUUCCAAAUAUUGAUGUAUUCAUUGGUUGAUCAUCGUUUCCUGACCAGGGCUGACUCUGCCACAUUGGCAUAGUGGGACGAUACUCUAACUGAGCUGCCUGGCCAAGACCCCAGAAAGGUGUUUUUUUAAUCCAUACUUUAUUAAUUAAACACUGGGAUUUUAAUGACAGAAAAUGUCUACUCUGCAUAGCAAUAUUCUUAACAAAUGCAACUUUUUCCUAGGGUAAAAUGACUUAUUAAAAGUGUGUUUUAAUAAUAGAAACGACUUCUGUUAUUCUCUUUGUGAGUGGACCUGGUGACACCUCUUUAGUGACGACGAACGUCACCGUGUGUGCAUUUCUAACUGGGCAGGAUGUCCUGAUAUGUGUGAAGACUCAGAACCCGUCACAGCACUUGCACUCACUGCACAUACUCUGCCAAGGGGUGGGGUUUUUCACCAAGGUAGGCCGGUGUACUGGAUGUGAAAAUGUUAAUGGACUCCUUAAGUACAGAAAAGCCAACAGGUCUUGUUUUCUGUUAAUCACCUUUCAAUUAUUAAUUAGUUCAUUUUAUAUUGAUUACCCAGUGUACCUUUAGCUAUUGUCAUUUUUUAAAAUCCUCACCUGAGAGUAUAUUUAUUGACUUUAGAGAGAGGAAGGGAAACAUCAAUGUGAGAG